AUGCUUCUUGGCCCAGGCGACCACGCUCCACGAGACCUUAAUAUAUUGGUCAAACAGUGCUAUUUCAGCCUCAUUGAUGCCUUCUUCCGCAUCACACUCUCAUAUGAGUGGGUCGAUCACGAUGUUGCACCUCAUGACGCCUUUGGGGGUGCAUUAGAACAAUUCGUGCAUUACAGGCAGGGAAGCACCAUCAUCACUGUGUCCUCUGUCAGUGACACUUCCUUGUUUAAAGCGGUGCUGGCUGCUCCCUCCACUGCAGACAUGGUUUUCAUGACCCCCGGCAAGCUGUGCACAUUUUAUCCUACACUCACCCUCGAAAAUAACGCUAUCUUGUCGUCCACAGGCUUCCUCGUUGAGCCUGAGAUGAGCAUCGGCAGUGUCUGGAGCCAAUGCUUUCACGUGUAUGAUGAUGCACGUUUCCUCACCUCAGAGUGUGCUCCAACUUGCCCUAGCCUCUGGCAAAAUGUGCGAGAUGAUGGAUCAUCUCUCAUUGUCCAGUGGGACCACCAAUAUCCACUCAGGAACCUCUUGCGCAAAUCCCACACUAUUUGGAGGCUCACUGAGGCUUGUGUGAAUGCACAUUGCAAAUAUUGCUCAAUUCCUGGCAUUCGCAGAUCUCACCUUCCUCAUAGGCAGGCACUCAUAUUCAAGGCUUUGUUGUAUGCCAUGGCUGUGAUGUCCCCACAUGUUGUGCCUGUGCAUUUGCAAGAGGGGAGAGAGCACAUGGAAUGCAUUGACGAUCUUGAAGUCAAUUUCUGGGUCAAUACUUUGGCCCGAAACAAAUUUGUCAUGCCGAUUUCACGUUAUAGGAAAACAUUUCAUGGCAUCCCCGACUACCCGACAUUGCCCUUGCCUUAUGCAUACACCAUUUAUCACGAGGACCCACAAAGCUUGCCUCCCCCAAAUGCUCUUAUGCGCGAUCUGUUCUCGCGUGCAGGAUUGGAUCAUGGGAUCAAAGGCAAUGUGCUGGUCAUCAAACAUCCCAAGCAAGACAGGAACAAGGUUCUGGAUGUGACUGAAGGGGACUUACCACUUAUUCACAUGUUGCUGGAUGGGGGUGGGCUGAGCAAAACACUUUGGAAUCAGUUUAAGUAG